AUGGUCAAGGCAGACGUGCGGAGGGACUACUAUGCAGACCUGGGUCUCACCCCUAGUGCGGAAACAGAGGAUAUCAAAAAGCAGUUCCGAAAACUAGCUCUAAAAUACCACCCGGAUAGGAAUCCCGGCAAGGAGGUCGAAUUCAUCUCCAAGUUCCAGGCCAUCCAGGCUGCAAACGAGAUCCUGAGCGACCCCCAACAACGUCUCAGGUACGAUACGGAUCGCUUGCGCGCUGGGUACGGAAAGCUCUACGGUCCGCCGCCAAAAGCCAAUACGCCUCGCAAGACUCCCGCGAGCCCCUACGCCUCCUCUUAUUCUCCGAAACCUCAGCCCGCUAAGCCGGCGGCGUUUUCGACCCGUCCUCAGUCCUUCCAUAAUGGCCCGUCGACCGGCGCCCAGCGCUACGCGAGCUAUGCCCGAGCGGCCCCGAAACAACCGUGGGAGAAGAUGCAGGAUGAGGGGCAGACAAGGGCCGAUGCCUAUAGGGGCUUCCAGGAGAUGAAGGGCAACGCGCCAGGCGGGUGGUCGUCUUUUGAUCCCCGCACCGGGUAUUCUGGCACUGCACCGAGAAAAGGACAGACGCCGAGGCCCAAAUCGGCGUACGAGUACUUCAGAGAGUCCCCCAAAGCAACAAGCCCAGAACCGACGCGGUCGCAAUCCGCGAAGAAGAAAUCAGGAUUCGCCCCACGAGCAGCCGCGGGCGGCGACGAACCCAUGGCCACAAACACAUCCGCCUACACGAACGUCCCCCGAGCCGAACGCUCCCAGACCCCGAAUUCCUUCUUCGGCGCCGCUCCCUCGCCGACCGCCAGAAAGGCCGCAGCUUUCGGCCAGAAGCGGGCGGAAAACUCGAGUACCCCGGACCGUGAACGAUCGAGCAGUAGGUACGCCAGUACCGGGGGAGAGCGAACGUUCUUCUCCAGUACCGGACUAGGACGCUCCGCCAGCACUCGCGAUUCAACGGAGAGUCCUAAACCCCGUCCGAGAACAAAUCCUCCGAGCCCCUCCCCGCCUGAGACCGGUCGACACCGCAGUGCUAGUCCUAAGUUGAAGAAGGAUCAGAAUCGGAAUUACUCGUCUACGAGUUCCAGUGAGGAUGAGGAUGACUUUUUUGCCCGCAAGCCCAAGGCCGUUCCGAAGAGUAGACUGCACCCGCAUAGGAAAUUUAAUGGGUUUCAUGCUGAGCAGACGGCGAACCCGACACCUGAGAGUGGCUCUGGACCGGACAAUACCGGACAGACCAAGGAUCCCUUCGAUACGUCCGCUUUCUUUGGGGAUGGAAGUCCUUUGAAGUCUCCUAAAAAAACAGAAUACAGUACCCCGAACAGAAGCUUCAAGAGCAGCAGUCACGAACAGUUGCGUCAACCAUUCACCGCAAGAAGCUGGGAGGAUGCAGAUUUCUUUUCCUUUGCGCAGUCAGAUAAGGAACCGAAGAAGCGUGGACGAGGCCGCCCUUCAAGGCAAGCUCCAGGAACCGAUCGUCCGACAAGGAACUCGCAAACCACAGCUACCACAGACCCCCAACCCGCCCACCCGGAGUCGGCUUCAUCAGAAAAGCCUGCCCCCUUUGCCCAGGCAAAGUUCUCUGCGGACGCAUGGUCCGAGAAGUUUUCCAACAUGUCGUGGGCUAUCCCGACCAGUGACGGUUCCCAGCAAAAGCAGACAAGCACGUCACAGCGCCAGAAGAGUCCCCGGAAGCCGAGGUCGGGAACGAUAUCGCGACCUGUACCACAACCUGCUAGCGUCGCGACAGAAGCCGAGGAGGCGCGGACUACCGUGAAUGCAGACAACAGCCCCAAAUCAGCCAAGGUGGACGACGUUGAUGUCGAGGCUAUGGAUGUUGAUGAUACCCCGCCUGCUAGGAGUGCCGAACAAACUACAGAGCCGGCGAAUGCUGAUAAAGAUGACAAAAAGGAGAUGCCACCGCCCAAAUCGAGGCCGUCUUCUGCCAAGGCAGGGCCAGAUGAGAGUACGAAAUUGUUCGAUCUACAUGACCUUGGUAGCACGGCCCCUUUCACUCAAAACAACAGUGGCGGCAUCGACGAUUUGCAGGAUAUCAGUGCCUCUCUUCCAUUCGAGUCCCGGGCGAAGUAUCCCAGAACAUCGCUGCGCGAUAUCCGCCCGCGCAAGUUGAAGUUCCCGAACCCGCCAAAACGGCCGAGUCAACCGCCGCUGGUCCCUGUUAGUGCAGGCUCGAAAGAGCCUGGGCUGCCUCGGGCUGCGUGGAAGCGCUAUGCCGCAGAGAUGAGUGCCUACAUGCACGACUGGAAGGCCUUCAACAAACGGAUGGUGGAGUAUUACAAUAAGCACCAGGAGGCCACCGAGACGGGCAUGGCACCAAACUGGGCCACUGCUAUUGGCGACUCGACACAACUGAAAAUUGAUCAACCCGAUGAUCAGGACGACGACGAUGACAAAGAGCUCUAUGGAGAUGCAAGGGAUUAUCGUAUGGUGGCCGGCAGUGGGAAGGCCGGGGUCCGGGCCUAUUUCUUUGGGUUGGAUGACGACAUCCAGGCCAUGAAGCACUUGGAAGUAGCACGAGAAGGGCACCGAGAAUGCAUACUCGAAUUUGACGAUGUUCGUGAAUGGAUUCGCAACGGUGGAAAGUUGAUCUAA